AUGAACACAUUCACCUCUCCAGCUGCCAUGCUCCUCCGGAGGCUGAGGCGACUCUCCUGGGGCAGCACAGCUGUCCAGCUCUUCAUCCUGACAGUGCUAACAUUUGGCCUGCUGGCCCCACUAGCCUGUCACCGGCUUCUGCACUCGUACUUUUAUUUGCGUCAUUGGCAUCUGAACCAAAUGAGCCAAGAUUUCCUGCAGCAAAGCUUGAAAGAGGGGGAGGCUGCCCUCCACUACUUUGAGGAGCUGCCUUCCGCCAACGGCUCGGUGCCCAUUGUCUGGCAGGCCACCCCCCGCCCCUGGCUGGUGAUCACCAUUAUCACUGUGGACAGGCAACCUGGCUUCCACUAUGUCUUGCAAGUUGUAUCCCAGUUCCACCGACUUCUUCAACAGUGUGGCCCCCAGUGUGAGGGGCACCAGCUCUUCCUGUGCAAUGUGGAGCGGAGCGUGAGCCACAUUGAUGCCAAGCUGUUAUCCAAGUACGUCCCUGUGGCCAACCGCUAUGAGGGCACUGAGGACGAUUAUGGUGAUGACCCUUCCACCAACUCCUUUGAGAAAGAGAAGCAGGACUAUGCCUAUUGCCUAGAGUCAUCCCUACAGACCUACAACCCAGACUACGUCCUGAUGGUGGAAGACGACGCAGUUCCAGAAGAGCAGAUCUUCCCUGUGUUGGAGCACCUUCUGCGGGCUCGCUUCUCUGAGCCGCACCUCCGAGAUGCCCUCUAUCUAAAGCUCUAUCAUCCUGAGAGGCUCCAGCACUACAUCAACCCAGAGCCCAUGCGGAUCCUGGAGUGGAUUGGGGUGGGCAUGUUGCUAGGGCCCUUACUAACCUGGAUAUACAUGAGGUUUGCCAGCCGUCCAGGGUUUAGCUGGCCUGUCAUGCUCUUCUUCUCCCUUUAUAGCAUGGGUCUUGUGGAACUUGUUGGGCGGCAUUAUUUACUGGAACUACGGCGGCUAAGCCCUUCCCUGUACAAUGUGGUUCCUGCUUCGCAGUGUUGCACCCCAGCCAUGCUCUUCCCUGCCCCUGCAGCCCGGCGGACCCUCACCUACCUGUCACAGGUGUACUGCCACCAGGGCUUCGGCAAGGACAUGGCAUUGUACUCACUGUUGAGGGCCAAGGGGGAAAAGGCCUACGUGGUGGAGCCCAACCUUGUGAAGCACAUUGGGUUAUUCUCCAGCCUCCGGUACAACUUUCAUCCCCGCCUGCUCUAG